CCGUUACCAAUAGAAGAGGGAACACUUAGCUCGAAACAGCUGUGUGCGUAGAACCCCUAGGGCUACAUUUUUAAAAUAAUUAGACAAUUUUACAAAACACAUAAUAAGUAAACUAGGAAUGUUCUAAACCAGACGCAGUUGUAGUUCAGUUUACCAAAGUACAGAGGAGUGAAACAGUGAGUUACAAAAACGUUACAUUAUAGAAUUAUCGAUUUUGUACGUUUCAAAUGGACAAAACUGGUGGCAUCGCAUUCGAAGUCGGGGUUUUGGUUUUAUUGUUUCUAAAUUCUGUGUAGGUGUCGUAAAGAACGUUGUGUAGGUAAAAAGAUCGAUGCACGUUUGUGCUUGCACCUGCUCUUAUUGCGUGCUUUGAAUGUAAACUCGGUCCCCACGGCUACAUAGGAAAUCGUCACGCGAUAAAAAUCUAGCGAUAGGCUCCCCAGACGUCCCCAUUCCGAACUGAUACACGAAGACUGAAUAAAGAUGACCGGCGACGUGAAAUGGCAGAAAGAUGCGGCAGACCAGAACUUCGAUUACAUGUUCAAGCUCCUCAUAAUAGGAAACAGUUCGGUGGGGAAAACUAGUUUCCUGUUCCGUUACGCUGACGACUCCUUCACUUCAGCGUUCGUGUCGACCGUGGGUAUCGACUUCAAAGUGAAGACAGUCUUCCGACACGAUAAACGUGUUAAAUUACAGAUAUGGGACACCGCUGGUCAGGAGCGUUACCGCACUAUAACCACAGCAUAUUACAGAGGCGCUAUGGGUUUUAUACUUAUGUACGACAUCACAAAUGAAGAGAGCUUCAAUAGUGUUCAAGACUGGGUGACACAAAUAAAGACGUAUUCAUGGGAUAAUGCGCAAGUAAUUCUUGUUGGAAAUAAAUGCGACAUGGAAGAAGAACGUGUGGUUAGCGCUGAACGCGGCCGGCAGCUUGCAGAGCAACUAGGCGUAGAGUUCUACGAGACUAGUGCAAAGGAAAACAUCAAUGUUAAGGCCGUGUUCGAGCGACUGGUGGAUAUAAUCUGCGACAAGAUGUCGGAAAGCCUCGACUCGGAACCGGCUAUGCUGGCGGGCGGCGCGCGUGGCCAACGUCUCACGGAACAACCUCAAGGAAAUAACAAUCCCAACUGCAACUGUUAAUAGAACAAUUUAUGACGAACACACUUUUUCUUUACAUGUAACGACUCACUCUUUCCUGUCGUUGAUUAAAUAAGUAAUGCCAUAUAGAGCAAAGAUAGAAAAAAUGAAUGACAGGCGAAAGGUAUAAUAAAUUUCAGAACCAACAAAUCUAGUUGAACCAAUACGAAUGUCAAAUUAAUUUAUUUAUAUGAAUGAUUAUUUAAAGCUUUUCUGCGUAUUAUUUUGGUAUGUAUUGAAAUUCAAUGUUUGAAAAUAGCAGUUAACUGUAUAUGGCGACUGCGAAAAUUUGAUUAUUUUACUUUAACAUAAUGACAUUACGUUCCCGUAUUUUUUUCGUAUGUCAGUUGUUAUAAAAUUCAUUUAAUACGUUUCUUUUUUAAUAUUGUUAUAACUUGGUUAACAAAUAUAAUAUAAAAAUGAUGUGUUAGUAUUACUAUUCUAUAGGUGUUAGAUAGCCACGUCUGUUUAUGCGUAUUGCGAGCUGGAGUAGGGAUCUGAUACUUCUAUUAAAUAUUGACGUCGUUAAUGAUUUUAUGGAUAAUAAGAUUUUUGGUCGCUCGCUGAUAUUUUAGUUUUCAAUGUUGAUUAUUUGUUAUUUAGACGAAUUCAAGAUUGACAACGACUUUUACUAUAAGAUGCGAUUAUAAAAAUAUCACAAUUGAAAAUUCCAAACGAUAUUUUUUACAGUCGAUUUGUUUUGAUGAUUUAACAAUGUACCUAAUUUAACAACUUGGACCAAGACCGAUAUUUAUAAAUGCAUAUAUUAAAAUUGUUCCAAAGGCGCAAAAUAUGUUUAGUUAAUUAUAGUUUGGAUAUAUUUGUGCUAUUAUUUCUACAACACCUACUUACCUGUUUUCCGCCUUCGUGUUUAUCUAUUAGAUGUAAAGUGGUGGCAGACCUGUCGCCGUCGUCACGUCAUUGUGUAGAGUAGAGUUACUUGAUCAAUGUUUGUUGUUAUAUUUUGAAUUUAUCGUAUAUUUCAAUGGUACAUUAUUAUUACAUUGAGUAUAUGUAAUUGCGUGUACUGGGAUUUUUGUGCUUCAAUUUCCUCUAAAAUUUAAACGCUCGUCUAAAUUGGGUGAUAAAUGAUUACCUAAAUUGUUUGUAAAUACGUUUACCAGUGUAUAAAUAAAUAUUGUAUAGUAUUAUAUUAUCUACCUACAUAUAAAUCUGUUUGUAUUCUUGUUACUACUACGCUAUGUUAAUAUCUAACUAUAGGUGUUUGUCGCGACACAAUCAUUAGGAUUAAUAAGACACAGUUACUAUUCUGUAGUUCCAUCUGCAUCGUCUUGGGCUGCGUAUUACUAAACAAUAUAAAAGUAUUCACCAAUGUCCCUUAUAUUGGGCUGACGUUAGAAAUAUUUAUCUCUAGAGGACAUAGACAAUACAAUUUAUAACAAAUUCUGUUGAAACGUGAGCACAUUAUUUUUUUAGUCGUUAAUUAUUAGGGUGAAUUAGUUAAGAAAAAUAUUUCGGCGUCUCAUAAUAUGUGGGAUUUGAAAAUAUAUACGUACAUAGGUUUAUUGCGGAAAUAUUUUGAAAGCCGUGAUUACAUUGUCAUGUCAUGGCACUUAACAAUAUUAACUUAUAUUAUUUCUUUUUUGGGAAAGAUAAAUUCCUUUGUGAAAGUAACAUGACGCCAAAUUAAUCAAUAUAACAAACUUAAUAUGUAUGAGUAGUUUGAAUAUUUAUAUUGUUAUAGAAAUAAAAGUUUGCGCAUGUUGGCGCAACGACAAGUAUUAUGACCAUCCGCUUCGUUUCCUAUAUGACGCUUACAUUUGCUCAUGUUCUUUGCUUUCUGAACUCCAAUAAAGCAAUUUGUAUUCUUAGAGAAAAUAUUAACAAAAAUUACACAAAA